AUGUUAUCCAUAUGCAAUUUGACUCUUUUUCGAGCACCUCAUAUUUUAUGUUUAACAAAAGCUAUACGACAGAAAUUUCGAAAUAGAAUCCAACAAACCAAAAAUCCAGUCUUGAAAGACCAUAUUUUUAUUACCAGUUAUCUUCCUGUCCAAAUAGAUUAUCAAAGGAUGGCUCUAAAAAGCUGUUUCCAGUUGAGCUCAAUUUGCAGCACCAGAGCCAGUGUGCUUCAAAGCUUCCAUCAUCAUUCUUCUUCAUCUGUUGAGAAGAUCCAUUUGCAGGCAUUCGGUGGGUUGAAAUUCAAUAAACCCAGUUUAUCAUUCACUGGUAGUGGUAGAUCCCAAAGUUCCAGGCUUGUAUGCAAAGCUAGUGAUGUUGUUGCUCAAAUUGAGGAGGUGAAAGAAGAUAACUGGGACAAGCUUGUCGUCGGCAGUGACAAACCGGUUUUAGUCGAUUUUUGGGCGCCAUGGUGCGGACCCUGUCGGGUGAUCGAACCAGUCAUAGCUGAAUUAGCCAAGGAGUAUGCUGGAAAGAUUGUUUGUUACAAGCUUAACACCGAUGAAUGCCCGAACAUUCCGACGAAAUUCGGGAUCAGAAGCAUCCCGACGGUGCUGUUUUUCAAGAAUGGAGAGAAGAAAGAGAGUAUCAUUGGUGCAGUGCCCAAGGGUACCAUUGUAGCUACAAUUGAGAAAUAUAUUUGAUGCCUGAACUCUACAUGGUUUUACUCAUGCCAUGUUUUGUCAGUUUCUUUAUGUAUAAUCCAUUUCAAAUGACGUAAGUUAUGUAAUUUAUCA